CGACGCGCUUGGGCAUCCCUGCAAACGCAUCACGUUGGCUUCCCGCACCUCUAACACGCGGCGUGGCAGCGGGUAUAAAGCCCGCCCCGCAGCCCCCGCGCAUUCUUCCCUCCCCUCAUCCCCCCAUCCGUUGGUCGCUUCCCCAAACGACCGUCUUAUUUGCUGAACCAACCUCGACGAGCCCUUGUCAUUCCUUUUCAAUCGCUCGUGAUACCUCGCACCCCGUCGCUGUCUACGACUCGCCAACUCGCUCAGCCCAACGCACCGUGAUCUGACCGUGCCCGCUUUCGACGAAUCGCCUUUACCCAGUCUCGCCACAUCGCUUUCGAGCCACCGCCUUCGGUCAGAACCCCCCAAGUCAAUCCACGCUUCCCCAAACACCCAACAUGGCCCCCUUCACCACCCUUGCCUCCCUCCUCACCCUCGCGCUCGUUGCGGGCGUUCAGGCUCAGUCCGCCUCUGCCUCCGCUGCGCAGUCCUCCGCCCCCGCGCUGGGCUCGUCGUCCGUGCCGGCCCAGUCCUCCGCGGUGGCGUCGGUUACGUCUGCCGCCGCCUCUGCUGCGCAGCCUUCAGCCUCUGCUGGCGCUGGACCGGACACGUCCUGCGACGCCCACGGCUGCUUCAAGCAGAUCGAACUCUCGGAUGGCACCCCGCUCGAGCUCACUCAGAGCGUCAAGUACAACACAAGUGGCGUUAACUUCACGUUGGCCUGCGCAUACGUCCACGAAGGUUCCAGCGGACCGAGCGCGAUCAAGCUUUUCGACCCCGCCCAGCUCGAGGCUGCCGGAGCCGCCGCGCUCGCUGGCUUCGCUCGUGACGAGAAGGCCAUCUUCGCGCGCGAGGACUCGGCGUACAUCGCCAGGGAUUUCCCGGUGCUCUCCCGCAAGGCGCAGGGUACGGGGUACGCGUGCUACUACAACGACACGCACGACCUCGUCGCGCACGACAAGGAGGGGACGACGGAGGAGGAUGCGUGCCCGGAGGUGAUGCUGUGUUAGGCGAGGAAGUUGGCGAUGUACUUGCCGCGGACGCUGUUGUGUAGGGCGUAGCACGAGAUCGGCGCGGACCUAGCGAACCAACCUGCCGUGGACCUGUGAUCGGCGCGUACCUACUGCCUAGCGCCGUGAGAUGUAGCUCGUAGACCUUGCUCGUGACGAGCACGACGGACUCAAUACCAUUCUUUCUCUUACGGA